GUACGGUACUAUGGGUCAACAGACAAAGAGUUGGCAAAUAAGUGGUUAAGUCGAUACUGCAUUUUUUGAGGCGGUGCCGCGCGUUAUUGGGGGCGGUGCUGCUUCUUGCCGCCUUUUUCAGUGUGUCAUAGUUUCAACCAGGUCCGGUUUAAGUCUUUAAGAGAUCAGAGACACAUAAUUUGCUAAGUGUUUGUAACGCGAGUAUAUCUUGAAACGUUAUUAUAAAAUAAGACCAUGUCUGGUAGAGGUAAGGGAGGCAAAGGUCUCGGCAAAGGGGGCGCUAAGCGUCAUCGCAAAGUGCUGCGCGAUAACAUCCAGGGAAUCACCAAGCCUGCUAUUCGCCGCCUGGCUCGCCGUGGAGGAGUAAAGCGAAUCUCCGGCUUGAUCUACGAGGAGACCCGCGGGGUGUUGAAGGUGUUCUUGGAGAACGUGAUCCGGGAUGCAGUCACCUACACUGAGCAUGCCAAGAGAAAGACCGUCACCGCCAUGGAUGUGGUGUAUGCUCUGAAACGCCAGGGGCGCACUCUUUACGGAUUUGGAGGUUAAAAAAAAAACGAUUUCCCGGACUGAACUUCAAAAAACAAAUAAACAAAGGCUCUUUUAAGGGCCGCCCACUACUUCUUAAGAGAGUUAAAAGUAUAGAUGUACAUUUGAAAACAUAAACGUGUGAGGACGCUGAGAAACAAAACCCUUUGCAGUGAUUUUUUAUAAACCGUUUCACUUAAGACCCAGUUACGACUAAACGCAGAUCUAUCUAUCUAGCUACCUAUCUCAAAGAGCCAGCUGCCCAACAAUUCGAUAUGUUGCACAUGUAUUUCGCAAAGGAGCAUAUGUUUGAAUGAAAACAUUGGAGGUAUGUAUCGGUUUGUGACGGCAUGACCUUGACUUAUUUAUAUUAAAGUU